AUGAAUGAGCCGCGACGCAGAAUCCACAGCGUCUUCUCCGAAAGGCAGAAGAAAUUCUCGAUCAUAAUCUCAUCCCUGGUGAGCUUUCUGGCCCCCGUCUCAGAGAGCAUCUAUUACCCGGCCAUAGGAUCGCUGGCGGAUGACCUGGAUGUCUCGAGAAGUGACAUCAAUUUCACCAUCACUGCUUUCAUGAUUGUGCAAGGUGUGAUCCCUUUAUUCACCGGCACCAUCUCAGACCGGGGAGGCCGCCGGCCAGUCCUCCUCGUCUGCCUCUCCAUCUACCUUAUAGUCAACGUUGGAUUGGCACUGCAGACCUCGUUUCCGGCCCUGACAACCCUGCGAUGUUUCCAGAGUAUUGGAAGUAGCGGAACCACCGUGGUUGCGAUUGCGACAACAUCCGAUCUGGUCACUCGCGCCGAGCGUGGAAAAUACAUGGCGUAUUCCUCGAUGGGAUACACCGUCGGGCCGGCGCUGGGCCCCAUCUUGGGCGGAGUUCUAACCCGAUACCUGGGCUGGAGAAGCGUGUUCUGGUUCCUGGCCAUCUUGACGGCAGUGAUCAUCCUGGUGAUCCUUCUGUUCCUGCGUGAAACCUGUCGUGCGGUGGUGGGAAAUGGAAGUCUGCUACCCCAGCCCUGGAAUCAACCGGUGCUGGAGGUGAUCCGCCCACAUACCUACGAAAAGCCCGACUAUGAUACUCGCGUGUCGUUCCCCAAGGGUUCAGUGUUCCUGGACAGCGUCAGGGCUGUGAAAACCAAAGCGAUGGGCAUGCUGGUCCUCGGCGGCACGCUCCUGUUCUGCGGGUCUAUUGCCGUCACAAGCAGCAUUCCCGCCCUGCUGGAGCGGAAAUACGGCUUUGAUUCCCUGCGGAUUGGGCUGUGCUAUCUUCCGUACGCAGCAGGGGGCAUCGCAGCGCGCUGGACGAUGGGUACGCUGAUGGAUUGGAAUUUCCGGCGCCACGGCCGGAAAGUCGGGGUGGAGGUGCAACGAAACCAGCAGACCGCACAACAACUACGGGAGAUCCCCCUGGAACGAGUCCGAUUGCAGCUGACAUUGCCGCUGGUGUAUCUCUCGAGUAUCUGCAUGCUCGGUUACGGGUGGAUCAUGAACUACGACGUUCAUAUCGCCGGUCCUUUGGUCAUUCUAUUCCUGCUAGGCAACGCCAACACCGCAGUGAACAACUCACUGAACGCGUUGAUCGUGGACCUCAAUGCAUACCAACCGGCCACGGCCGUAGCAGUCACAAACCUGUUCAAAUUCUUGAGCGGCGCUGGAAUAGUGGCUGGAGUGCUGCCCUUGAUCGAUGUCGUGGGCAUUGGGUGGGUAGGGACCAUCAUCGCGGGCUUUUGGUGCCUUAUCUCGCCGCUGCUAUGGCUGCUGUAUGUUUAUGGGCAUGAGUGGAGGAAAAUAGGCGAUGUGUGA